GCUGACAACUCCAAAGCACCUCGACCAGUACAACUCCAAAGGGCUUUCAUUUUACACAAACAACUAUAACACAACGACAAUGUCCUCUGACUAUGAAAUCUCUGACAAUGAAGGUGAUUAUUAUGACUCUGAUGAGAUGAUGGAGGACUACCAGAACGACGACCAAGACGAGGACGAUAUGGAGAUGGAUGACUAUAAUGAUGACUUUAGGAUCAAUGCAGGCCCAAAACGCAAGUCGUACGAAGUUGAUUACACAUCGCUGAGCCAGAGCUCAGUGGAGGAGUCAUUGAAGGAGGACGUAGACCAUAUAUGUGGUAUUCUCGGUGUGGAUCCUGCUGUUGCAGCGUUGCUCCUGCGCCACCAGGGGUGGAACAAGGAAUCCUUAAUAGAGAAAUAUAUGGAAAAUCCUACAAAGGUCCUUGUUGAUUCUGGCGCUGCAGUCCCAGAGCCUGCUAGAGAGCCAAUAGUUCGGGCUCACUCUGUGGACAGGUCCGCCGCAGGCCCGUCAUCACGUCGGGCAAUUAGAUCAAACUCCAAACUCUUAUCGUCUCUGACCUCACCUACCAGAUCAUCUGCUCAGAAGUCCAUCUCAUCUCCAGCCGCAUCUGCAUCCAAAUUUCGCAAAGACGCCAAAUCAUCCGAGGAACCCGAAUCAUUUGUUUGUCCAAUCUGCUUCGACGACUCUCCAGAACUCAAACCGGUCGCUCUCGAUUGUGGUCAUUCAGCUUGCUCUGGAUGCUGGAAUGCUUACACCAUUUCAAAGAUUCGUGAUGAAGGCGAACAUUGUAUUCGGUGUAUGACCGAGGGUUGCGCCAUCGUCGCACCCGAUGACUUUGUGCACAAUAUCCUCGUGUCGGACGCCGCACCUCCUGGCUCUGACACGAAUGAGAAUCUUGUUGCAUGGACACGUUUCCAAGAGCUACUCGUUCGCAGCUUUGUUUCGUCAAACUCGAAACUCAAGUUUUGUCCGUAUCCAGGCUGCACGAACACUGUCUCGUGCCCAUCAGCUGCGAGUAAGUCCGUAUUAACAACUAUGGUCCCCAUCGUGUCUUGUGGUGCAAAGGGUAUUCCUAGAUCCGCCAACGACAAGAAACCGGCACCGUCGUCACCGUCGGGCAUCACCUCCCUGUACGAUAAAGAGCAUGUAUUCUGCUUUGGAUGUCCUAUCGAGAGCGAUCACCGACCGGUCGUGUGCGGGGUUGCACGAUUGUGGCUGAAAAAGUGCGAGGAUGACAGCGAGACGGCAAACUGGAUCAAGAGUAACACCAAGGAAUGCAGUAAAUGCCAAAGCACGAUCGAGAAAAAUGGUGGUUGCAACCAUAUGACGUGCAAGAAGUGCAAGUACGAGUUUUGCUGGGUAUGCAUGGGUCCUUGGAGUGAACAUGGCACGGCAUGGUAUUCCUGCAACCGAUACGACGAGAAGGGCGGCAUUGAAGCACGGGAUGCUCAGAGUCGCAGUCGCGCCUCCCUCGAACGAUAUCUCCACUAUUACAAUCGCUGGGCCAACCACGAACAAUCCGCCAAGCUCUCUGUCGAGCUUUACGCCAAAACUGAGAAGAAGAUGGAGGACAUGCAAAUCACGUCUGAUCUCACCUGGAUUGAAGUGCAGUUCAUGAAAAAGGCCGUGGAGGAGGUGGAAAAGUGCCGCAUGACGCUCAAAUGGACAUAUGCCAUGGCGUAUUACCUCGCAAGGGGUAACGAGAAAGAUUUGUUUGAGGAUAAUCAGAGAGAUUUGGAAAAGGCUGUCGAGGAUUUGUCUGAGUUAUUAGAAAGCCCAAUCGAGACGGAAAACAUCCCGGUAUUAAGACAGAAGGUAACGGAUAAGACGGUUUAUGUUCAGAAACGAAACGAAAUUGUCUUGGAAGAUACUGCGACUGGGUUCCUUGAUGGUCGCUGGAAAUGGAAUGUUUCUGUCGAUGGCUUUGAGGACCCUGCUGAGGAAGUUAGGAUUGAUUAGGUUUAAUCCCUCUUACAGAUGGUCAAGAGAAGUAAGUAACGAUCUAUAUAUGUACUCUAGAAAUACCUCUCUAUCGGAUGUACUCGUACGCGUACGGACUUUCCUUCUUCUCGGCUCUCUAUCCAGUCUUCUAUCCUGCCUUCUUUCCCCUGCAUGACUUUUCACUAUCCUCAUAGGAUCUUCUAUACGCUCUACUAUUCAGCACACGUUUAACAACGACUUCUUUCCAUUAUCGCGUAGCAACCUGGUUCUUCUAUUCCUAUACCUUACAUUUUCAUCCCAAGUUCCUCUGUACGAAUGACAAUUGCUGUGUACGCACUGUAUAUAUACUCAACUCACUAUAAUGAUGCUCUACUC